GUCAACCAUCUACUCCUAUGGUUUGUCAAGAGCCUCCAUUAACAAAGUGACCAAAGCUCCACUUUUUUCUUGUACUUUUUGCUUUAUGAUCCUUCUAAUCCAAACCCAAAUCAUCAAAAGUUGAAAAGUUUCUGAAAUCUCCGCUACUCAGUGCGCAACCACUAGGACCUGCCUAAAGUCUAGUGGGUUCUUUUUUUUUCUCCUGUUUGGAUAGUGCUUUUUGCAUUUUGGGUUGUUGCUCUUUUCAACUCACUUUGCAAAUUUUGGCUUACUCAUGGUUUUGUGAGUUUGUUUGUUUGCUUGUACAUGAAAGCUAUAACCCAAAAUCUUUGAUUCUUGGGGUGAUUUUUGUUGAUGGGUGCUUGCUGGAGCAAUAGGAUUAAGGCUGUGACUCCUUCAAAUACAGGGUUCACUUCUAGAAGUGUGAGCAGAGAUGGCUAUGACAUCAGCUCAAAUAGCAGGAGCUCAUCAGCCUCCAUACCCCUGACUCCUCGGAGUGAGGGUGAGAUCUUACAAUCUUCCAAUAUGAAAAGCUUCAGCUAUAGUGAGCUAAGAACAGCCACAAGAAAUUUCCGACCAGACAGUGUCUUAGGAGAGGGUGGAUUUGGUUCAGUUUUUAAGGGCUGGAUUGAUGAGCAUUUACUUGCUGCUACCAGGCCAGGAACAGGCAUGGUUAUUGCUGUGAAGAGACUUAAUCAAGACGGGUUUCAGGGUCACAAGGAAUGGUUGGCUGAAAUCAACUAUCUUGGGCAACUACAGCAUCCUAAUCUUGUCAAGUUGAUAGGUUACUGCUUAGAGGAUGAGCAUCGGCUUCUAGUUUAUGAAUUUAUGCCUAAGGGCAGUGUGGAGAAUCAUUUGUUCAGGAGAGGAUCAUAUUUUCAGCCACUCUCUUGGACUUUAAGAUUGAAAAUAGCCCUUGGGGCAGCAAAGGGUCUUGCUUUUCUCCACGGCACAGAAACUAAAGUCAUAUACCGCGACUUUAAGACUUCGAAUAUCCUGCUUGAUACUAACUAUAAUGCCAAACUUUCUGAUUUUGGGCUGGCCAGAGAUGGACCAACUGGUGAUAAGAGCCAUGUUUCUACUAGGGUCAUGGGAACCCAUGGAUAUGCAGCACCCGAAUAUCUAGCAACAGGCCAUCUCACUGCCAAGAGUGAUGUAUAUAGUUUUGGAGUAGUUCUUCUGGAAAUGUUAUCAGGAAGACGUGCUAUAGACAAGAACAGGCCAUCUGGAGAACAUAACCUAGUUGAAUGGGCAAAACCUUAUCUUUCUAACAAACGUAGAGUUUUUCGCGUAAUGGAUAGCCGUCUUGAAGGCCAGUAUUCCCUAACUCGAGCUCAAAGUGCAGCCACACUUGCUUUUCAAUGUCUUGCAGUAGAUCCUAAAUACAGACCCACUAUGGAUGAGAUAGUAAAAGCAUUGGAGCAGCUACAGGAAUCAAAGGACAAGUUGAAAAAUGUUAAUCAGAAAGAGCAUAGAGUACGUGGUUCUGGCCUUGGCCAUCCUAAUGGGCUCUCUCCAUAUUGCAAAGGAAGUGUAGAUGCUCCCAAAAAGAUGGUUUAUCCUAGACCUUCUGCUUCUAUGCUUAAGUGAGGGAAUUUUGUGAUGAGGUGAAUAUUAAGUAACUGCAAGCAGUUCUUAGGUGUGGCAUGAAUCAUAUUUAUUAAGCAAUGUAUAGUUCCUUUUUUUUCUUUCUUGUUGUAAUUUGGCCUACAUUUGAAAUUCUUUUUUCAUUGUGGUCCUGAGUUUUUGUCAUAGUGCAAUCUAAUCUGGAUCCGUAAGGUGUUUUAUGGUUAUGUAAUCCUGUACAACAUU